CAAAUUAUGACGGGAGCAACAUUGGGAUUCUGGGGCAAAAUCAAAAUCGAAGCAAAGGGCUCAUGCAUAAAUUAUCAACAAAACCGUAUGCAGCUUCUUGUCAGCGUAUAAUCUAAUCAACGCAUUUACUAGCAAAUAGCAAGACAUACAAGUGCCAACACGUCGUCAGAGUUUGUUACAGUGACUUAUAUGAAUUUGGCCCAGAUGGUGACGCGUGAGGAGACUUGGGUGCAUCAUUGGGAUCCAGAGACAAAAACAGAAUACAAGCAGUGGGUUCAUGAAGGGUCUCCUGGAAAAUUAAUAACAACAGUUUUCUGGGACAGGCUCAAAAAUAUAGGACAUUUGCGCUGAAGCUGUCAGAAUCAGAUCAAGCUUUCCUAGAAGAGAUUACUGACCACUGCUACAAGAAGUACAAAAAAAGGCCAUGGAUGAUACAUUUGAGGGCAAUGAAACUCACACUGGUAUGUAUUUAUUGUAGGCAGGCAACAUAGUAAAAUAACGUGUAUUGAUUGCUUUGGUUGGCGAAAAAGCAAAUUCUGUUUAAUACAAUAUCAAAAUCACAAAAUAUGCAAGCAAACUCUUGAAAUUUGUCAGUAAUAUGAAUUAUUGUUUUUAUGUUGAAAUAAUC